AUAUGGAAAUUUUUUUAAAGGCAAACUAUCUCCGAACUCAUCUGACAUAGACAUAUCCUCUGCUUCUGUCAACAAUUUUGAGUUUUGAAAGGCAUAAUGUACUAGCAUAACACAAAAAUCCAAAAACCCUUAAUUUUGAAAGGUCAAGAUGAUUGUCGUACAAUAUUUUUUCAUAGGAAUUUAAUAACUUGACAACAGAUGCAAUCUUGUGGAUCUUCCGCUUUAAGGGGCAAGGUACACUUGGAGUAGAGGAGGGUUAGCAAACUUGUCUUCUCAUAUUGAUAGAGCUUUAAUUAAUCCGAGUUUUGAAGAGCUGUUAUCUCCUCAAGCGCUAAUUGCGCUGGAUAGAGUUGAGUUGGAUCAUAAUCCGAUUCUACUGCAAUGGGGUACUAUUGAUCGUCUCAUACAUCCUUGGAGGUUUGAAAAAAUGUGGUUUCAGGAAGAAUCUUUUUUGGAGAGCUUGGUGGGUUGGUGGUGCGUCCCUGUCAAUGGGACUAGUCAUCUGGUCAGAUUCGGUCAGAAGUGUAGACAAACUAAAAUGAUGAUCAAACAAUGGAAUCGAGAACAUUUUGGGAAAGUUGAGAAGCGUAUCUCUGUACUUCUUUUCGGAAUUAAGAGUAUCGAUGAAGCUGAAGAAUCUGGGCGGUGUAAUCCUCUGUUGUCAACCGAGAAAGCUAUCCUUAAAUACGAACUUGAGAAGGUACUUAUCAUGGAAGAAAUCUCUUGGUGGCAGCGAUCUAGAGAAAUCUGGCUUCAGGUGGGAGACAAAAAUACUGGCUUUUUUCACAGAGUCGCUAAAGCUAAUAGAAGAAAAAAGAAGAUCAAAAGAUUGGUGUUUGAUGACAGAGCAACUAAGGAUGAAACGGAGAUAAAAAUCGCUUUCCAAAAUCACUUUGCUGCCAAGUUUAGUGAAGAAGAAGACAGACCGUUUCCUUCCAGGUAUAGAAAUUGCGUGGUAACUGCUGAGGAUAAUGAAAGACUGGUGAUGCCCUUUUCAGAAAAGGAAGUUUGGCAAGCCUUAACUCAGUGCAAUGGAAGUAAAGCUCCAGGACCAGACGGGUAUUCGAUCGAAUUUUAUAAAAAAAAGCUUGGGGCAUCAUCAAAUUGGAUUUUCUUAAGGCGUUCGAUGAUUUAUUUCUUGCUGGUUCCCUCCCCUAUUCGAUCGCCCAUGCCUUUAUUUGCCUACUGCCGAAAAGAGAUCUUCUCGAAAAAGGUCUCUGACUUCCGCCCAAUCAGCUUACUAGGAAGCGUAAAUAAGGUCAUCGCCAAAGUGCUGUUCAAUUGACUUCAACCCCUUAUAAACACUCUCAUCUUAGAUUAUCAGUUUGCAGAGAAAAGGGGCAGAGGAAUCCAUGAAUCUUGUUUGAUUGCCAAUGAAGUAAUUGACAGUAGAAGAAGAAGCGGGAAGCCCGGAUUAGUAAUUAAGCUGGACAUUGAGAAAGCGUUUGACUCCAUCAGUUGGGAGUGCAUAUAUAAAGCUCUUACUCAUCUUGGAUUACAUUCCAGGUUUCGAAAAUGGAUUAAAUGUCUGAUUUCUUCGUCGAGACUCUCGAUUUUAAUUAACGGGAAAUCUGUUGGUUUCUUUGGAAUGAGUCGCGGGUUUAAGCAAGGACAUCCACUCUCGCCCUUUCUUUUUAACCUUGCCAUGGACAUCCUUUCUUUCAUCCUUAGUGCAAUAAACAAUGCUGGGCACAUUACCGGCUUCUGCAUUGAUGAAGAAAGGCGUCGUGGGGAAGUCACACACUUGCUCUACGCCGAUGAUGCUAUCCUCUUUUGUGAAGCUAAUGAAUCCGAGGUGCGUAACAUAUUGGCUGCUCUCGUGUGUUUCCAGCCAAUUACGGGUCUUCAGAUCAAUCUUGAGAAAACAAAAAUUUUCCCUGUUGGUAAAGUCUCGAACAUUGAUAGGCUGGUUGAAAUUUUUGGGUGUGACUGGGCUUUCCUACCAACAAUCUAUCUCGGAAUGCCCCUUGGAUGCCAGUCUCCACCUACCUCGCACUGGAAUAAUGUCUUAAGUAGAACUCAGACCAAAUUGGAAGGAUGGAAAGGAAAGUUUCUAUCUCUGGGGGGCAGAGUUGUGCUCAUUAACGCAGUGCUUGCUAGUCAAUGCACCUUCAUGAGUUCAUUGUUCUUGAUGCCUAAAAGCGUCAUUAAUUCUCUGGAGAAGAUACAACGAGACUUCCUAUGGUCUGGUACUCACGAUAAGGAAAGACUUCAUCUUGUCUCAUGGAAUUUCUGUAAAACAACCAAAAUUAGAGGGGGUCUGGGUAUCUGUGAUCUUGAGUUGCACAAUCAAGCUCUUCUAUUCAAGUGGCAUUGGAGAUUCGCGUCUGAAAGAAGUGUUUGCUGGAGAGAAAUCAUUGACAUUAAAUUUCCAAAGUGCUAUUCAGAGUGGGUGCCGGGAAGUUUGUCGGGAAGGAUAGGUGGGAGCCCUUGGGCCAACAUCAUCAAACUUUAGUCCGCUUUCUGGAAACUGAUCAGCAUUGAACAUGGUAAUGGUUUUUGGACUUCGUUUUGGUUUGACACUUGGGUGAAUGGUGUUCGCUUGGCUGAUGAAUUUCCGAGAGUGCUGGCCGCGGCUGAUUCUCCGAACUCCACCAUAGUUGAUUACUUAUCUGUUUCCGAGGGAAACUGCACUUGGAACAUUCCUCCAAUUUAUUCACUUCGGGGUGGGGCUGAAAGAGAGCGCGUGAGAUUGUUUAACUUAUUUGAUUCUAUCCCUUGUCAGAAAUUUUUUGUAGGAAUGAAGAGGAGUCCCCAAAUCAUAUCUUCAUCAGUUGUGUCUUCUCAAGGCGGGUCUGGAGCACUUUGAAAUACUUCGUGAAGAUGGAGGAAAGAGGUGACGAAGCUGGUGACAUUUCGGAGAAAAUCAAACUUUGGCAACAUACCAAACCUACAAAUACUGCAGAAUGGUGUUCGAAAGUGGUUCUUCAUGCUUUCUGUUGGCAUAUUUGGUUAGAAAGAGAAUCUAGAAUCUUUAGAGAAGAGGAAGGACGGAUACAAUCGAUUGUGAUGAAGAUUGGACACACUAUCUUCUGGUGGUUGGUGGCGGCCAAAAAGGUCGAUAAAGGAGUUGCGGAGCUAUGGAUCAACGAGAUGAAAGCGAGAUUACAACCCCCUACUGUCUCUUCAUCGCCUGCGAACCUGGACUUGGCGCUUUCUAGCGUGGCAUCUUGAGUUCUCUGUUGGCAGGUGUCUUGCUUGUGCUUGUGUUUGCUGCUUGUUUUGGUUUUGGCGUUCUGUUGCAGGUGGCAGAUUCCCUUUUUCCUGGCCCUGCUAUUGUGACUUGGGUUUGUUUUUCUGGUGUCUGGGUUUAUGCCCGGGUUUUUGUUCUGGGUGGGAAUUGUUUUUCCCUGAUGUUUUUCUGUUCGUGUGUUCUGCUGCUUUGCUGGUGUUUCUUCCCUUUCUUUAAUAAAAGUUAUAUCAUCCUUAUAAAAAAAAUAUUUUUUCAUAGGGAGUGUUGUUGGCAAUGACAUUUUUCUGCAGUGUUUGGACACAAGACAUCUGGUGAACUAUACCAUGUUAACAAUAAAACUCAGGUAUGUGAGAUCAGGCUCUCCUUGAUUAGACCUUACUAUCUUAACUCUUUUAUCAAACUGUGCUUGGAUCAUAACACAAAAGUUUGGUAAAAUUUCUCUUGCUUCAUUUUUAAAUUCCAUAAUAUAAGCCCAAACACACUUAUACUUGUCAUCAACAAUGGUAAUUAAUACUGAAAAUCAUUUUAACUGGGAAUGGCUAAGGGCCCCUAAAUAUGAACAUGAAUGGGUUCAAAAACUCUCUUUGCUAUAGACUGGCUUGAAGAAAAAGAAAGACAUUUCUAUUUAGAGAAAUAACAAACAUCAAAGUGAUGCAAAGACUCAACAUCUAUGCCAUGUACAAUUUUCUUCGAUUCCUUAGCUCUAAAAUUAGAAGGGAACCCACUUUGUCAAUGUUAAAAAUCAAAUAACUCGGGUCUGAAGUUGUGAGUCUUAAGAGAAUUGACGUGGAUGAAAUUAUCUUCUAUGCAAGGGUAUAAGUUGGCAUAAACCUCUGAUCUCUUAAGCAAAACCCAUAAUCUUCAUAGUUAAAAGGUUCUGAAUAGAACAUAUGGUUUGAUUUGAAAGUGAGCAAGCUAUGUAUAGGCUAAGUGAGUUUACUCAUUGAUAUAAGCUUAAAAGAAAAGGUUGGACUAAGCCUUAAUGGCUUGUUUUAAAUCCAUUUGGUGGAGCUUAGUUGUCCUACAGUGGGAACGCUUGUGUGUUUUGUUUUUUUUUUUUUUUUUGUAGGGGCACGCAGAAGAGCUCCCGAUAUUGGAGAGACUUCCUCAGACAGGUGACUUGGCUCAUUAUCAGGAUGGAACUAUCUUGGAGGAUGCUCAGAGCUUGGCUUUUCUCUUUAGUUGGGCUUCUUACUGUUUUGUUAUCCGCUGUCUCAAUAGGGCUGCCCAUCAUGUGGCAUAAAAGGCCCUCUCAUCGGGAGUUCGACUAUUGGUCGACUCCCGCGCUCUUUUUAUUUUCUCUGUAUGACUGAUUUUAUAACAACUGACUUUGCGAAAAAAAAAAAAAAAAAGGUUGGACUGGAACACAAAAACAUCAUUGAUGACAGUAAGACACUACUAAAAUAAGUGAGACAUGUCUUAAUUAAUGCCAUUAGGUAAGGAAGGCAUAUUGAACGGGUACAUGUCUAUUGAAGGUAGAAAUGGUGCAAGUAGUAACAUGAUCAGUUGCACGUGUAUAUAUCUUGAAACCACACACUAAUUACUUCUAAUGGAUGUUGUUGGAAUAUGAAGUGAGAAUGUAUUUACACGAUAAAUUGGGAUUCAUGCUGUAUAGCAUCAUGAGCUUGCUCACCGAACUUGACCUGGCAAUCUGCCACUCAUGCUGUAUAGCAUAGUGGAAAGAAAUUUCCAUUUGAAGGUAAUAGAAUCAUCACGAGCAUAUUAGUCAUAACUCAUCCAUAUGAAUCAUCCAGCCCAUUCAAGAAGCCACCAUGCAAAAACGUAACAUAAAAAGCAGUCAAGAUAAGACAUAUAUACUUACUGGAUAUGCUGCAAACUAGCUAUGUGGGCAGCAAGCAGCCAUAGGAAUAUUUCAAUCUCGAAAAAGUGAAAAUAUUCUUUCCUGUAGUGCUCUUUUCCCUCCAGUCAAUUAACCUAGCUCACAAUCCCGUCCAGUUUCAUAUACUCGAUCUGUGGCCAGCAACCUAUCUCUGCGUGGAAAUUAAAGCACAUGAGCUAAAAACAAACCAGCUCUAAUACGUACUAUGUCAUAGACCCUUUGAUAUACUAGCUAAUGGAAUUAAUGAUCAUCAGUCAGAAGCAACCCCUUCUCACUUCAUUUCAAUGAUCCUUACAUAAACUUUCUAAUAUUUUUGUAUAAGUGUCACAUAUACCUGUUUUUAUUAUUAGAUGUUAUUUAAAUGAUUUAAAUAUGAAAUCUUCAGGUUAAAAAUUAGUGAUAGUACAACUAGACAAACCUUAGCUAAACCCUUUAAUUUGUACCUCCCUUCUCACAAUGGUUCACUAACUAGCCUUGUUUCUAUAGAACAACUGUCACUCAAGUUAAGUUAUGGAAGUUGUCUUGUGUACCCAGAACAAAAAUUAUUAUAUUAUAAUUAUUAUACUUAUACUUAUAAUUAUAAUUAUAAUUAUAAUUAUAAUUAUAAUUAUAAUACUUAUUAAACUUAUAAGUAGGUU